CCUAGACCUCUUGUUGGCUAUGGCAGGGAGGAUCGCUCGGCGAUGCCGUGUCCCGCAACGCAAUGCCGGCUUCGAUCACCAGCAAUGGCGCGGCGCCGCGAUGCUCAAGCCGCCACAGGUGGACAAAUACGAGGUCCUGGAUCCCGACGAGGCGCAGCGCCUCCGCCAGAAGAUGGAGCGCCGCAAGGAGGGCAUCGUGGAUCGCUACAACCGAUCGCUCAGCGAGGACCGCAGCAGCAAUGUGGGCUCCUUCCGCCAGCGCUCCGACAAGUACAUGAGGCCCUUCUGCCUCGACGUCCAUCUCUCGUCUAAGUAUGUCAACGCCACGAUCAUGCACAGGUCGAGGGGGAGAGUGGUCGCGGCGGUGUCCACCAAUUCCAAGGACAUGCGCGCGACGCUGCCGUCGCGGUCGGACCUCUCGGCGUGCCGGAUCGUCGGCGAGACGCUGGCGGAUCGCGCGAAGGAGGCGGACUGCUACUCGGUGAUCUACAUCCCGCGGAAGUUGGAGCGGCUGGAAGGGAAGCUGGCCGCAGUGGUGGAGGCGGUGGCCAACUGCGGGAUCAGUGUCUACCACGCGGACAAGGGGAUCAUGCUGGCCAGGAACUCGAGCCAAAAGUGACGAUCGAUUGAGCUGCGAAAGCUUUCCUUUAUCAAAAGCUGGGAUCAAGAUCAUCAAGUUAGAAAGUAGAGCACCCAUCUGAUUGCUUGAUCAAGAACACUUGGGCGAGAAACUGGGAGCUCGAGGAGCGAUCGGUCCUGUUAUGAGAAACACCAAGUAAAGUAGGACGAUCGAAACUUUCAAGUUUACGUACCAGUAUGGAGGAAAAUCUCGCAAAGAGCACUUGCUACUUUUUAA